UUGGCAGCACUGGUGCUACCUGACUUUGACUUUUGACACAAAUGCGGCCAUUUUUUCGCCAAGACGCUCUUUCGUGACGUGCUUAUCAAAGUGAUUGCAACGUGUCUAGCAAACCCCCUCAAAAUGCAACUGUUGUUCCGCGGCUUGAAAAGUCACGCUCUCGAGUGCCAAGACGAUGAAAACAUCGGUCAAAUUAAGGAGCGCCUCGCGGCUCUCGAAGGGCUCCAGACCAGUGAAAUCAGCCUGUACUUGGCCGGAAGCCCGCUGGACGAUGACGCCGCUGUGGCCGAGCUUCAGAACGGGGAGAUCGAGUUGACUGUCGGCCUUCCUGGUGGUAAAGUGCACGGAUCCCUUGCACGUGCUGGCAAAGUCAAGGGCCAGACCCCCAAAGUGGAAAAGCAGGAGAAGAAAAAGAAGAGGACCGGCAGGGCCAAGAGGCGCAUCCAGUACAACAGGCGAUUCGUGAAUGUUGUUGCCUCCUUUGGACGUAGGCGCGGACCCAAUUCCAACUCUGGACCAGCCGCGUAAUUUUUGAAUGUUUGCUCUGUUUGGUAUGUAGAUGAAACAAACCCUUGUUUGUUUAAUGCAUAUCCAUAAUAAGAACUAUUAAAAUAAUCUAAUCUGAAUUAUGAA